UCAAACCUUACUGGGCCCUGGUUACUCGAGGUGGACAGACAAGAGACUUGACUGAUCUACGAAGAGAACAAAGGAAAAAGGGACAGAUUCACCAGCCGAGAUGGGUAUCAAGGAAAUCUUCCUUUGCUUCGCUUCCUUUGCGGCUCUUGUCGCUGUGUCGAACCAACAGCAGCAAUGCGUUGGUCAACUGGAUAUCGUGUUCGCCAUAGACGGAUCCAACAGCAUGAGUGAACAAAGGUUUAACACACAGAUCUCUUCUCUUGUCAGUCUCUUCCAGACCUUGCCAAUAAGCGAGUCUGAAGUGCACGUCGGAUCAGAACUAUUUUCUAGGGUCGCUGAUCCUUCAGAUUCCAUCCCUCUCACUGGAGACGUGAACAGUCUGAUCACAAGGAUCUCUGCUUACCUGCACCCCGAUGAAAACACAGCUACCGACUUGGGCAUCAUGGCAGCAAUCAGAAACUUCCAGACAUACGGUAGACAGAAUGUGCCUAAACUGCUCAUGGUUAUUACUGAUGGAGAGUCUGACAACACCACAGCAACAGUCGAACAGGCCCAGGCAGCCAAGAAUAUGGGAAUCAACAUCUACGCUCUGGGCGUUACAGAUAUUGGAAGCAACGUUAACCAGGAUGAGCUGAGACUUAUCGCAAGUGCCCCUAAUCAGGUUCUAUUGUCCAGUAACUUCAACGAGCUCGCGAAAACGCUGGUCCAGGCAACAUCCCAAGCUUGUGUGAACCUUGACCCACCUGUUGUUCUUCGGAACUGCGACCCCGGCACCAGUGACCUGUGGUUGGUCGUGGACGUCUCACAGGGCGCCAGGACGCGCUCCGCCAACUUCGCUGACCUCAUCUCUGGACUGAAGGAACCGGUCGUUGACAAACUGACCACAUAUUCUUCCAACCCUAACUUCCAUGCUGGUGUCAUCACCUACAACGACAAUUACAGAGUUGACUUGUCCAUCAACACCCCGAGGUCAGCACAAUAUCUGAGCAACACUAUUGGUAACAUCGGACAGUUUGGUUCUCUAUCAGGGGGCAACGCACGCUUGAAUAACGCACUUGCAUCUGUGGUGAGCGCACCAGUCAACUCACAGAGGCGCAGCUACGUUGUGAUUGUUGCCGGUGAUAACAACAACCUCGCAAACGAUCGCAUAGAAACUGCCAACCAAAUUAGAAGACUCAAGAAUCUGGGCUGGUACAUUGUAACCGUCGCAGUAGGUGGACAGGCAGGCUUCGACUCCUCUGAGUUCCUGAACUACGCCUCCGGAAGACAAUAUUUCUACCAGGCUAACAACUACGAGACUCUGGACGAUGCCAUGGUUGACUUCUACAACGACUGGUACUGCAAUGCUCCCCUCAUCCCGACAACCCCACCACCGCCACCACCAACGACCCCUGCCCCCGUCAUCAUCCCCAGUGCUGGCCUGUGCGCGGCCGUGGGCUCCGAGCCAAGCCGUGUCCUGCUGGUGCCCCAUCCCCUAGAGUGCGACAAGUUCGUCCAGUGCUACUACAACCCCAGCAACGCUUUCGAGCUGGGCGUUGUCCGACAGUGCCCCAUGGGACUGCACUGGAACCGUGUGGAGAACAGGUGCACCAACGUCACUGCUGCUCAGUGCCCGUAUGAUCCUUGCAUGGUGGACUGUGAGCCCUACGCCAUGGAGGGCUCUUGCGCUGGCUUCUGGCAAUGUUCUGAGGGUGUGUCCGUUCCCAAGUGCUGCGACAAGUUCUUCUCCUUUGUCCCUGGUGUAGGCUGCCAACUGGAUUUCUCCUGCAAACAAUACUGUGGCCCAGAAAAUUGUUCCAGUCAUGCCCCAUCUCAUAUCUGCUUCCGCUGUGGCCUCAACGUGGGUUCUGCCAUCAACAGCGUAGGCUUCCAGGGAGUCGUGGAAAAGAUCUCAGUCCACUCUUGCACGCCAUCGAAACUGUACUAAAUGCAAGCAAGAAUAAUACAAGGCCACGUAGCAAGAGUCGCUGCGCGCUCUAUACUAUUGUGGAACAUCACGAUUUUUGCCUGCACUGACAUUGAUCUUUUUAUUCAUCUGUAAACAAAAUUAAACCGUUCUUAUCGUUUUCAUAAAUA